AUGGUCGUGGGCGAGAGCGGCACGGGCAAGACGACGCUCAUCAAUACGCUCUUCCGCACGGACCUCGCACCGGGCAUCGACUACGCCCAGCGCUACACCGCCCACCUCGACAAGACCGUGGAGGUCGACGUGAUCCGCGCGGAGCUCGAGGAGAAGCAGUUCCGCGUCAAUCUGACGGUCAUCGACACGCCCGGCUUUGGUGACUACGUGAACAACCGCGACUGCUGGUCGCCGCUCGUCGACUUUAUUGACGACCAGCACGAGUCGUACAUGCGCCAGGAGCAGCAGCCGGUGCGCCAGAACAUUCGCGACCCCCGCGUGCACGCGUGCUUGUACUUUAUUGCCCCGACUGGCCACACGCUCAAGCCGCUCGACAUUGAGGUGAUGAAGCGCCUCUCGUCGCGCGUGAACCUGAUUCCCGUUGUGGCCAAGGCCGAUACACUCACGCCGAACGACCUCGCGCGGUUCAAGGAUCGCAUCCGCGACGUGAUCCACACGCACAGCAUCCGUGUGUUCGCGCCGCCGCUCGACGCAAUCGACGAGGCGAGCGCGGACCACGCGCGCUCGCUCAUGGCGUCGAUGCCGUUCAGCAUCAUCGGCAGCACCAAGGACGUGCGCACGCGCGACGGGCGCACGGUGCGCGGCCGCGAGUACGUGUGGGGUGUGGCCGAAGUCGAGAACGAGAACCACUGCGACUUUAAGAAGCUCCGCUCGCUGCUCAUCCGCACGCACAUGCUCGACCUCAUCUCGAACACGGAGGAGCUGCACUAUGAAGCCUACCGCCAGGCGCAGAUGGAGACGCGCAAGUACGGUGAGCCCAAAGUCAAGAAGGUCGAGAACCCCCGCUUCAAGGAGGAGGAAGAGGCCCUGCGGCGCAAGUUCACAGAUCAGGUCAAGCUCGAGGAGGGCCGCUUCCGCCAGUGGGAGCAGCACCUCAUCGCCGAGCGCGACCGCCUCAACAAGGACCUCGAGAUGACGCACGGCGCGAUCAAGCAGCUCGAGGCGGAAAUCGAGUCGAUGCAGAUGUCUGCGCGUGCGCAAAGGAGGUGA